GAAGCAACUAGAAUUUGCAUGCGUAUUUUAAUCUGCCGCCGGGUUCCAUUUUCCAGGAGAUUCGACAAUAAAAUUCUCUGCCCGUAACGUCAAAAUCAAAUAAAAAAUGUUGAUCAAAGUAAAGACGCUGACGGGGAAGGAGAUUGAAAUCGACAUAGAGCCAACAGAUAAGGUUGAAAGGAUAAAGGAAAGAGUAGAGGAGAAAGAAGGAAUACCACCACCCCAACAGAGACUUAUCUUCAGUGGCAAACAAAUGAAUGACGACAAGACGGCCCAAGAGUACAAAGUUCAAGGAGGAUCUGUGCUUCAUCUAGUCCUCGCCCUGAGAGGGGGCUCGCUGUGACCCACUAGGAGCAACAACUUAAAGAAAAGAUCAGUAAAACAGAAUUUCAGUAGAAAAUAUCAUAACUCAUGCAUCUGUGGCUAGAGGGCCAGGCAGUUACGUUCAAAUGUUACAAGCUUUACUUGAACUUUUUGACUUGAACCUAACUCCUCAAGAUUUGUAGAAUCCAUUGGUCCGGAAUCCACUAGCGAGGAACUAUCUAAGACUCAAAUGUAUCUGCUAUCUUUUGUACAUGAGAAGCUCGGCAUGGUGGUUUGGCAAUGUAGUACCACUUUGGUUGGAUUUUCAUGGAUUUGGGGUUCAAAAUUAAGGGCAAAUUCUUUUUGCUGUAAUCUCACAAUGUUAUUACUGUUGAAGUAUGCUAAGUAAGGCGUAUUAUACAGAUUGAUGUGGAGUUUACAAUUUUGUGAAAUGCUUAAAUGAGGUGGGAUUUUUUUUCUUUUUCUUGGGGGGGGUGCGUUUGGGGGUUAGGAGGCCUAAAGAAAGGGAAAACUACCGGUAAUAAAAAAAAAAAUCUCUAAUGUUAAAUGUUCAAAUGUACAUGUAUUGCUUUGGCAUCUGUGUUCUUCGUGGAUUUAACUAUGUCAAAUGCUCAGAGGGAAGGGAUUUGUUUUGGUUUCAAACUGACUCGGAAAAUGGGUCAACUUGAAAAAAAAAAUGUAGCAUUACAUUUGCAAUGUACAUGCAUUGCUGUUUUUGUUUGGAGAGUCACAUGUGCAGAAUUUUACCGUUCUGUGUUUUGCUUGGUACUUGAAUUGGCCAAAACAUUUUUUGGGGGGUCUUUGUUUAUAAAAACAAGAAUUAAAAUAAAGUGCUAACCCAACUGGUAUGUAUCUAUGACUAGUUUUUGAAAGGGGUUGUGGGGGGGGGGGGGGGGGUUAAUGGUGUUUUUUUUAAAAACUGUAUCACAAAUUGUGUUUCACAAUCGAUGGCAUGCUUAAAGUAAUUUAUUGUUAUCUGAGAGCAAAAAUUGAAAAACAAAACAAAAAGUGUUAUAUUGAAAACAAGGUUGUGAACUUUUCUGUGUAGCUUCAGUGAACCUUGCUGGACCCACACAAAUGACUAGGAACUAAUCCUUGACGAGACUGUUGAAUGAGGUGCAUGCUGGUCUAGCUUGACCAGCAUCGGGCCUGGAGUGUGCGUACCCAGUAUUUGCGAUAAGCUCAUGGCAUGCCCAAAAGUUUUCUUUUCUGUGUAUGGUUCACAUACAUUUCUACUGUUGAUUUAAUAUGUAAAACUAAUCGACAUUGUAAAAACUUAACAUACUCUUUUUUGUUUACAGAGAUUUACCAUGUAAACUGGACAGUCCUUUGUGUUAAAUUAUGUUUAGUAGUACUGUAAGUACCACUAGGUACGAAACCUAUUGUCUCAUUAUCAUGCAAUUUUUGUUGAGGUUUUUGGCAACUUUUGUUAAUUAAAUUAUUUAACAAAAUA